AUGCAGAUACUUUGGAAUGGGGUGCCGAGUGAAGAAUUUCGACCCUCGAGGGGAAUCCGCCAAGGUGACCCCAUUUCGCCUUACCUCUUCGUCCUUUGCAUCGAACGCCUAGCACAUGCCAUUCAAAAUGCGGUGCAUGAAGAGAAGUGGAAGCCAAUAUCCGUGGGACGCGGGAGAGUGCAAAUUCCAUACUUGCUAUUUGCCGAUGAUUUAUUACUUUUCCUCGAAGCCUCGGUUGACCAGGAAGGAAGAACUCUUUUGGAUUUGAUGGGCUUCACUAUGGUCGAGGAUCUUGGGACUUAUCUGGGCGUGCCAAUUAUCCAUGGAAGGACCAAGAACAACACUUACGAGCGGAUUAUCGAGAGAGCGGAGAAGCGGUUAUCGGGCUGGAAAGCGAAUUCAUUAUCUGUGGCGGGCCGUGUGGUGCUGAACCAAUCUGUAGUGAGUUCCCUUCCAUACUUUACAAUGCAAUCUGUUCGACUACCGAAUUCCAUCUGCGAGGGAUUGGAAAGCGAUGUAGGAAAUUUCUCUGGGGAGGCUCGCGGGACAAAUGUAAACUUAGCUUAG